AUGGCGAGUCCCCAAGGAAGCCUCCGCCAACGCGGCGGCGCGAAGGAGAGGAAGCGCGCAACCACACCUCAGCCCGACGGUCUCGCGAAUGGCUCGGCGACGGAGAGCAUUGAGAGCAUAAAGCAGGGCGCGAAGCAGGUUGUCAAGAAUGAAUGGGAGUACAAGCUCGCGCUGGGAGUGAUCACAGUCCUGGCAUUCAUGACAAGGUUCUGGGGCAUCAGCCAUCCGGACCAAGUGGUCUUCGACGAAGUACACUUUGGCAAGUUUGCUUCCUACUACCUCCAACGAACGUACUUCUUCGACGUCCAUCCCCCCUUUGGCAAGCUCCUAUUCGCGUUCGCCGGAUGGUUGGUUGGAUACAAUGGUGAUUUCUUGUUCGAGAACAUUGGCGACUCUUACAUCACGAACAAAGUCCCUUACGUGGCAUACCGAUCAAUGCCAGCCCUCAUGGGCUCUUUGACCGUAUCGACUGUAUUCUGGAUCAUGUGGGAGUCGGGAUACAGCCUUCCAGCCUGCAUUGUCGCAGCUUCGUUGGUCCUCUUCGACAACGCCCACAUUGGGCAGACAAGAUUGAUUCUGCUGGACGCGACGCUGGUUCUGUUCAUGGCAACGAGCGUCCUGGCCUACAUUCGAUUCUACAAGCUACGACACGACCCAUUCAGCAGGAAGUGGUGGAAGUGGCUGCUGUUGACCGGUAUCAGCAUGAGCUGCGUCAUUAGCACCAAGUACGUCGGAGCCUUCACGUUCUUCUCCAUCGGCGUGCCGGUCAUGAUCGAUCUUUGGGAACUGCUGGACGUCAAUCGCAGGCGUGGCGCGCUCAGUCUGCCAGAAUUCGGAAAGCAUCUUGCCGCGCGUGUCAUCGGGUUGAUCAUUGUUCCAUUCUUGAUGUACUUGUUCUGGUUCCAGGUACACUUCGCCAUCUUGAACAGAUCCGGACCUGGUGACGAUUUUAUGACUCCCGAGUUCCAAGAGACUCUUUCAGACAACUUGAUGACACAGCAGGCCAUCGGUAUUGACUACUUCGAUAACAUCGCCAUGCGACACAAGGAGACAAAAGUGUACCUGCACUCGCACCCUGACCGCUACCCAUUGCGGUACGAUGACGGACGUGUCUCCUCUCAGGGCCAGCAAGUGACAGGCUACCCGCACAACGACACGAACAACUUGUGGCAGAUCAUUCCUUCGGUAGCAAUGGAGGGCCAUGGCCACCCAGUGAAGAACGGCGACGUCGUUCGCUUCCGACAUCUCGUCACGGAUACGUGGCUCCUGUCGCACGAUGUUGCUUCGCCAUACUACCCCACCAACCAGGAGUUCACGACUGUGCCGGGAGAAGAAGCUCAGGGUGAGCGCUUCAACGAUACCUGCUUCGAGCUUAGGAUCGAGAACGGCAAGCACGACCAGCAGUUCAAGACGAUGGCGUCACACUUCAAGCUCAUCCAUUUCCCAACAAGAGUGGCCAUGUGGACGCACAAUACCCCAUUACCAGACUGGGCCUACAAGCAGGCUGAGAUCAACGGCAACAAGAACCUCCAGCAAAGCUCCAACGUCUGGUACGUUGAGGAAGUGCCUGGCAUUCCUGAGGACUCGCCUCGCCUCGCUAAGGAGGAGAAGAAGGUCAAGAGCAUGCCAUUCUUGAAGAAGUACCUGGAGCUGCAGCGUGCCAUGUUCUACCACAACAAUGCUUUGACAUCCUCGCACCCGUACGCUUCGUUCCCGCUGCAGUGGCCGUUCUUGCUGCGCGGAGUCAGCUUCUGGACUGAGAACGAGACGAGGCAGCAGAUCUACUUCCUCGGCAAUCCGGUUGGCUGGUGGUUCGCCUCUUCUAUCCUAGCGGUAUUCGCUGGUAUCCUGGGCGCAGAUCAGCUCUCACUCCGGCGUGGGGUUGAUGCUCUGGAUCAGCGAUCCCGCUCCCGCCUCUACGACAGCACCGGCUUCUUCUUCCUCCUCUGGGCCGCCCACUACAUCCCCUUCUUCAUCAUGGGCCGCCAACUCUUCCUCCAUCACUACCUCCCCGCCCACCUCGCCUCCUGUCUCGUAGCAGGCGCCGUUGUCGAGUUCAUCUUUAACAUAGAGCCCGCCGACAUCAGCGCCAUGUCCAUCACCGACGGCAAGACGGGAUCCAAGCAGCAACGAGCGGCACGGAGCAAGCCGGUUCGAGAACGAAUCGCUGGGCAGAGUCUGCUGCCGACUUGGGCUGCGGCUGGUGUGAUUGUUACGGUGAUGGCUUGGGGUUUCUGGUUCUUCAGCCCGCUUACGUAUGGGAAACCGGGACUGUCAGUGGAUCAGGUGUUGGCGAGGAAGUGGUUGAACUAUGAUUUGCAUUUUGCGAAAUAG